CGACAAAACGCGUCAGUUGGCUUUUCCGCGAGACUGCUGGUAACAGUUCCCGCGAGAUAUGGCUAGAGCCUUGCACCCGGUGUAUGUUGUGCUUAUUUUUCCGCCGCGAUUUGCUCCAAUCCGGGGCCACUUUGCCGGUGAUCGUGAGCCGAGGACAAGUUCCAAGUGCAACUUCCAGACACCGAACAGUGCUCCGCAUGCCCGACUCUACCCUUAUCCACUUGGACCCAGAUCUGACUUCAUAAUAACAUCCCCGUCUGCUCUCCGCGUCAACUGACCCUGACAAGUCUCCCCAAUCCCCCAGUGCUACUCUUCUUCCCCAACUUGCCCACACCUGUUCCCACCUUAUAGCCCUUACCAUCUCAACCUCAACGGAUACACAAGCUCUGAUAUAAGCGAUGGCUACCAGCAACGAUAGCCAGUCAGCCAAGAAUGGCAUCAACACUGAAAUCAUUACCCUUACACGGUUCCUCACAGAAGAGCAGACAAAGCACAAGGAAGCCACUGGAGAUUUCACGCUUCUGUGUCAUGCUCUUCAAUUCGCAUUCAAGAGUAUUGCAUACUACAUCCGGAGAGCAACACUGAUCAACCUUACCGGUCUGGCCGGAGCUUCAAAUUCCACUGGAGACGACCAGAAGAAGCUUGACGUGAUCGGCGAUGAGCUCUUUAUCUCCGCCAUGCGUUCCUGUGGACGUGUUCGAUUCCUCGUUUCCGAAGAGCAGGAAGACCUGAUUAUGUUCGACGAGUACCCCGAUGCGCGAUAUGCCGUAGCCUGUGACCCCAUCGACGGGUCCUCUAACCUCGACGCUGGUGUUGCAGUCGGCACCAUCUUCUCGAUAUACAAGCUGCCCGAGGGUGCAAAGGCAACUAAGGAGGACAUGCUGAAGCCAGGCACAGAAAUGGUCGCGUCAGGAUUCACCAUGUACGGUGCCUCUGCGCAAUUAGUGCUGACAAUGAGGGGUGGUAAUGUCAACGGUUUUACCCUGGAUGCCGCGUUUGGAGAGUUCAUCUUGACGCAUCCGGAUAUGAAGAUCCCUAACAAGGAUGCAAAGAAGAUUUACUCGUGCAACGAGGGUAACUCGCUCUACUGGGAGGACCCGGUCAAGAACUGGGUCGAGUCGCUGAAGAACCCUGGGGAUGGAGGCAAGCCAUACAGCGCGAGGUACAUUGGAUCUAUGGUGGCAGACGCGUAUCGAACGCUGUUAUACGGUGGUAUCUUUGCGUACCCAGCGGAUAAGAAGAGUCCCAAGGGCAAGCUGCGUAUUCUGUACGAAUGCGCGCCCAUGGCUAUGGUUUUCGAGAACGCUGGCGGUCUCGCAGUCAACAGCAAGAUGGUGCGCAUGCUUGAAGUUGUUCCUGAGCACAUCCACGACCGGUCUGGUAUCUUCCUCGGCUCGAAAGACGAGGUACAGAAGGUCAUCGACGCGCACAAAGCAUAGGAUAUCAAUUGGAGGAGCUGCGCGAAUUCAUGAAUUGGGUUGCUUGUCAGCUAAAAGAAGAAUGACCUUGGUUGAUGGGGUGUUUGAGGACAGGCUUGGUAGUCUCCAUACGCGGUAGUUUUCUUUUUUUGCAAGGGUCAAACGGAGCAUUCAAGGCAGAUGUAGUAAUGACUUUCCUCCGCG